AUGAGACUCAUAACUACCGUUGGCGUUCUUAUCCUGUGUGUUAUACACAACAUCUCAUGUGAUGACGAUGUAACGCUAGUAGAAGUAGAGCAGGGUCAGCUCCGAGGCCAAGUACUGGACGCAGUCGUUGGGGACUUCCAGUACCUCAGCUACAAGGGUAUCCCAUACGCUAAGCCUCCCGUUGGCAAACUCAGAUUCAAGGAUCCAGAAUAUCUAGACUCAUGGGAAGGAGUGUUGAAUGCCACAGAACAUGGAAGCGUCUGUCCACAAUUCAAUCCAAUAACUGCAGUGUACACCUCCGGCAGUGAAGACUGUCUGUUCCUCAAUGUAUACACCCGUAACCUAACUCCUGACGCUCCACGCCCAGUUGUAGUGUUCAUCCACGGUGGGGCCUACAUUUUCGGGUCCGGAAACACAGACUUGUACAGACCAGACUACUUACUUGCCAACGACGUGAUCGUUGUAACAAUCAAUUAUAGAUUAGGCGUUUUGGGAUUCCUGUCCCUAGGCAAUGAAGAUGUACCUGGCAAUGCUGCACUAAAGGACCAAGUUACAGCCCUGAAAUGGGUGCAAAAUAAUAUCGAAAAGUUCGGAGGCAAUCCGAAUAGCGUCACUAUUGUUGGAGACACCGCUGGUGGAGCAUCGGUCACUCUUCAUAUGUUGUCCCCUAUGUCAAAAGGACUAUUUCACAAAGCUGUUGCAAUGAGCGGGUCUGCUACUUGUGAUUUUGGUCUUACUUAUAAGCAUGUCGAAAAGGCAAAGAUUUUCGGAUCAGCGCUUAAGUGUGAAAAUGUUGAUGACAGCGCGGCACUCCUUGAUUGUCUUCAGGCAGCUGAUUAUAAUGCCUUCUAUUCUAUUACUCCCACAGUCCUAGCUUCAGAAGAGAUAACAGAUGUCUUAUUCAAAAUGGAACACUUUACACCAGUGAUUGAAAAGAAAACUGGAAACAACUUCCUCACUGAAGACUACUACAGCGCAUUGACGAAAGGACAUGUGAACAAAGAUGUGGACUUUAUAAUUGGGUACAGCAGUCAAGAAGCAGUACUCCUCAUCGACCUUUUCAACGCUUCUUACGUAGAUUUGUACAGCAGGUACAAGGAACUGUUCACACCAAGCGAAAUACUCAUUAAGAGUACUCCAGACACUAAUUUGAAUGUUGCUAAGAGUGUGAAGGAGUUCUACUUCGGCGAAAAACCUGUUAUAACUGAAAACUUGAAUUUGUUCGUGAAGUAUUCGAGUAGCGCCAGUAUAGGUUACCAUGCGCAGAGAUACGCCAACAAAUGGGCCAAUUUUGGAAAGAAGACUUACUUCUACAUAUUCGAUGGCUUCACAGACUGGAACUUCUUCGGACAACAGGGUGUUAAAUAUGGAAUUGAGAAAGCCAGUCACUUUGACAUCACUUACUACUUGUUCUACCCGGAAUCGUUGAACUGGUCCAUUGAUACCGACAGCGUUGAAUACCAAGUGACGAAACAACUAACUACUUCGCUCACCAACUUUGCAAAGUCAAGUGACCCAAGUGUGGAUGGUGUCACAUGGCCACAAUACAGUGAAUCAAGCAAAGCCUACGUGACCUUCGGCAACGAUGGCCCCGUAGUGGGCUACGGACCUGAUGAAGAUGACUACAACUUCUGGGCAGGAGUCUACAAAAGCGCUGGAAUACCAUUUUGA